AUGGAGCAUUAUUCCAAAGGGACAAUUUGGUUAAUACCAACGUUGUUGUUUGCCUGUCUGUAUAAUGUUUCAAAUGCAUUGGCUUGUGAGUUGAAUUAUCAAAAUCCAUACAGAGUUGCAUAUAGUAUUGUUGUAAACAAAUUUGGGAGAGGAAACUUCAGAACAAUCCAAAGUGCUAUUGAUUCAAUUCCUUUUGGAAGUACCAAAUGGAUUAGAGUUCAAAUUUCUGCUGGCACAUAUUGGGAAAAGGUGACAAUUCCCAAAGGAAAAUCAUGCAUAUUUAUAGAUGGGGCUGGCAGCAGGGUCACUGAAAUUCAAUGGAAUGACCAUCAAACCACAGCUACUAGUGCUACCUUCACUUCUUUUGCAGAAAACCUUGUAGUUCGAGGCAUUGCAUUCAGGAAUACUUACAAUGCACCAGGAAGUGUGAGGAGACAAGAAGAUAUAGCACCAGCAGUUGCAGCUCUUAUAAUGGGAGACAAAGCAAGUUUCUAUGAGUGUAGAUUUAUUGGACUGCAGGACACUCUGUGGGAUGGACCUGGCCGUCAUCAUUUCGUCAAUUGCUACAUCGAAGGUGUAAUCGAUGUCAUUUCUGGUUCUGGCCAAUCCAUCUACGAGAAAUGUAUGAUAAAUGUGCCAAUCCAUCAAUAUGCUCCAAUAUUGAGUUAUGGAUACAUAACAGCACAAGGAAAAGAGAAUCCAAAUGAAGGCAGUGGUUUUGUUUUCAAUGCAUGCUCAGUUGUUGGAAAUGGGAGAGUUUAUCUUGGAAGGGCUUAUAGGCCUUUCUCCACUGUCAUUUUCCAUAAUUCUUUUCUAGCAGGUUUUAUUGACCCUGCCGGCUGGAAUCCUUGGGGACAAGUUGGCCAUGAGACGAGUUUAACAUAUGCAGAGCUGAAUUGUCGUGGACCCGGAGCAAACAUUUCGAGGCGUGUGCCUUGGCUUAAGAGACUCCAUAGAGCUGAGAUUAGACAUUUCACAGACAUUUCUUUUAUCGAUCAAGAAGCAUUGGAUUGUCAGCUGAAUUUUAGGAAUCCAUAUAGAGUUGCAUACAGUAUUUAUGUUAGCAAAAAGGGGAGAGCAAACUUCAGAACAGUCCAAAGUGCCAUUGAUUCAAUCCCUUUUAAUAGUACCCAAUGGAUUAGGGUUCAAAUUGGUCCUGGCAUAUAUUGGGAAAAGGUGGUAAUUCCCGCAGGAAAAACAUGCAUAUUUCUAGAUGGGGCUGACAAUAGAUUCACUGAAAUUCAAUGGAAUGACCAUCAAGCCACAGCUACUAGUGCCACCUUCACUUCCUUUGCAGAAAAUCUUCUAGUCAAAGGCAUCACAUUCAAGAAUACUUAUAAUACACCAGGAAGUGUGAGGAGACGAGAAGAUAUAGAACCAGCACUUGCAGUUCUUAUAGAAGGAGACAAAGCAAGCUUCUAUGAGUGUAGAUUUAUUGGACUGCAGGAUACUCUGUGGGAUGGAACUGGCCGUCAUCAUUUCGUCAAUUGCUACAUUGAAGGUGUAAUCGAUAUCAUUUCUGGUUCUGGCCAAUCCAUCUACGAGAAAUGUAAGAUAAAUGUACCAAUCGAUCAAUAUUCUCCAAUAUUGAGUUACGGAUACAUAACAGCACAAGGAAAAGAGAAUCCAAAUGAAGGCAGUGGCUUUGUUUUCAAUGCAUGCUCAGUUGUUGGAAAUGGGAGAGUCUAUCUUGGAAGGGCUUAUAGGCCUUUCUCCACUGUCAUUUUCCAUAAUUCUUUUCUAGCAGGUUUCAUUGACCCUGCUGGUUGGGAUCCUUGGGAACAAGUUGGCCAUGAGAGGGAUUUGACAUAUGCAGAGGCGAAUUGUAUUGGACCAGGAGCAGACACUUCAAGACGAGUCCCUUGGCUUAAGAGACUCAGUGCUGCCGAGCUCAAAUACUUCUCACAUAUUUCGUUUAUUGAUCAAGAUGGUUGGACUUCAAGACUUCCAAUAUUUGCUUAA